AUGUCUGUCGCCACUCUGCCACAGCCAGCCAGCAUGGAGGCGGAGCUUUUCACAUCCAAUCCGGUCGUGACGGGGGGUGGUCGGUUGACGUCAACGAUAACUGAUGAGAUUGUGCAACGCGCCAGCUGCAGCAGGCGGCCCGCUCAGCAUGAUCCUGAUGCCCAAAUCAGCGCAUCACCAUUACCAUCACCUUCACCUUCACCGUCAUUUUCACCAUCGCCAUCAGAAGAAGCAUCGCCAGCUCCUUGCUGCCGAGUCCCUCCCCGCAACCCACCUCUCCUCGCCCUCGCCCUCGCCCUCGCCCUCGCCCCGCUCACUCAUUUCCUCGCUGCUUUGCUUUUCCGCCUUCCCUAUGCGGCCGCCGCCAAGUUCGCUCAGCCCCCCCCCCUCCCCGCCCGUGCCGCUUCGACAGGCCUGGAAGGACCUUUUUCCGGCGCCAACGCCAUGGUUGCAAGUAUCCUCUGA